AUGCAUUCCCACCAUUCCCAUAGUGGCCAGUAUGUUGCCCAUGCCACAAACACUUUGGAUGAGAUGAUCCAGGCUGCCAUUGCCAGGGAUUUUGACAUCUUUUGUUUAACCGAGCAUAUGCCUAGGCUCUACGACGAGAACAUCUAUCCUGAGGAAAUCGAGUUGAACUACGAUGUUUCCAGAUUGAACGAGAUAUUUCAGAACUACUACAACCAUUCUGUUGCUUUACAGCAAAAAAUUAACUCUGAUGACACAAUAAAGACAAAAAUAUUGGUUGGUUUUGAGAUAGAGGGCAUCGAUGAAAACCAUUUCAAUCUAUCCAAUGAAAUCUUCACGAAAAAUGAAAAGUUCAAUAUGACUGUUGGUUCAAUCCAUUUUGUUAACAAAAUUCCAAUUGAUUUCAACCAAGAAUAUUGGGAUCUAGCUAAAAAAUCAUGCAAUAAUUCAACCUACGAAUUAUUCAAAAGCUACUUCAACUUGCAAUAUCAAUUAUUGCAAAUAUGUAAACCAAAUAUAGUUGGUCAUUUUGAUUUAAUUUACUUGUUUUCUCCUGCUAAUGAAGGACCAAAAUCUGAAAACUUUUCAAUUGAAAACAAUUGGCCCAAGAUUUGGUCAUUGAUCAUUAGAAAUAUUAAAUUUAUCAAAGAGUAUGGUGGAUUAAUUGAAUUAAAUAGUGCUGCUUUAAGAAAAGGUUGGCUAACCCCCUAUCCAAACUUGGAAAUAUCUCUAGCAAUUAAAAAGUAUGGCGACUCGAGAUUUUGUUUUAGUGACGAUUCUCAUUCAAUUGCGCAAGUUGGUUUAAAUUAUCAUAAACUAUUAAAUUAUAUUCAAAAUUCUUUAAAGUUGGAUAAAAUUUACUACUUGGAUUUAGACUCAGACAAUGAAACAAUUGUAAAAACUGCUUCAAUUGAUGAUAUAAAAUCAAAUGAAAAAUUUUGGAAAAACUAUAACUAG